CGGCGCAUGCGCCUAUCAUAUUACUUCCGUAUCAACCUGCAAAAAUUACUCGAAAUGAUUUAUUACGGCAGAUUGCAGGAUUAAAGUAACUAAUUGUCCGUUCCCCUGUUUGAUUCGGACCGCCUCCACUUCGUCGCGUUUGUGUAAAAGCACUAGAAUGUUAGCAUUAGAAGGAAAAAAUAAGAAAGAAUCAUGUGUCUCAGAGAUGUAGCUAGCAUGCUAAGGAGCUAGCAUAGCCAGCAGCAGCAUCAUCAUUAGGUGCUGAAGAUACGGACUGUAGUUUUGGAGGUGGCACACAUCUAGAAAUGUAUGUUCUCUACACAAUUCUCGCUUCUUUGGGAUUUUUUUCGUUUUGAAAUGGAUGAAAAAGCGGAAGUAUUGCACCGACCUGAAAAGACUUGAUGGCAAAACAGUUCUUAUUACAGGUGGAAAUUCUGGCGUUGGCAAGGACACAGCUGUUUCCAUGGCAAUGAGAGGAGCCCGUGUCAUUAUCGCUUGCAGAGACCUGGACAAGGCAGAGAAGGCUGUGAGGGAGAUCAAGUUUAAAAGCCACAGUCUGAAUGUCUUUCACAUGGAGCUGGAUCUGGCCAACCUGCGCUCUGUGAGGGAAUUCUGUAAGAACUUUGUCCAGAAGGAGAAGAGACUGGACAUCCUGAUCAAUAAUGCAGCGAUGCCCGGCGUCCUUGACUGUACAGACGACAACUUCAGCAUGUGUUUUGGCGUCAAUCACUUGGGCCACUUCCUUCUAACCAACCUGCUUUUGCCUCGGCUGAAGGAAUGUGCUCCCAGCCGAGUGGUGACUCUCACAUGCUCCAGCUACAAAUACCAGAAGCUGGACUUCCAGGACCUCAACUACAACCUGCUGCCCUUCUUCACCUACUGCCGCAGCAAGCUGGCUAACAUCUACUUCAGUCAGGAACUGGCCCGCAUCACCCAAGGGAAAGGAGUGACAUCCUAUGCAGUGCACCCUGGUUUUGUCCAGAGUGGCUGGACCUGCCACUACUCGGUCCUGUUCCGGAUGCUGAUGCAGGUGAUCAUGUGGAUGUUUUUUGUGUCGUCUGAGAUUGGAGCUCAGACUGUCAUCUACUGCGCUGUGUCAGAUGAAGCCGCCAAACACAGCGGGGGUUACUUCGUUGACUGCCGACCCGCCACUCUGCGUCCUUUUGCAAGAGACGCUGGUGUGGCCAAAAAACUAUGGGAGGCCAGUGAGAGGCUGGUUAAACUGGUUUAAUCAUCUCCACCCUGGUGGCCCCAGUACCAGGAAUAAGCUCUAUCUGUUACUGAGGCAACCUGCUGCUACUUGACAAGAUUUCUGAGUGUUGCACAUUUAGUGGAGACUCAGUCUAGUUCUACUGCGAUUUAAAUGAAUGUAGCAUCCAUUGUGCUUCAUUUGUUUUCAGUUAAAUCUGGUAGAGUUGUAGUUAAAAAAAAUACAACUGAUUCAGUAACAGCAAUGUGUAUUGACUGUUAUAAGGUUGCUAUAAUACUUCUCCCCAUUUUAUUUAUAUAUUGAUGUAAACUUUUGUUAUCUAAUGUUUUGUUAUAUGCAGAUUUAAAUAUUUCAUUGAUGCAUUUGUGUAUUUUAAGAGAAAUGCUAUUCUUGACAUUUCACAACUCAGCACAAAUUCAUUUUUCUCUGCAUGAAUGAAAGAGUUACUAAAAGGCUACAAGAGUA